GAUGAGGGUGGAGGGAAAGGAAAAGAGAAUAAUGGAAGAUGAAGUGGAAGAGUUUUAAGCAUCGUUUUGUGCCAUGGGUGGCUGCAAACUGGUCUACAAGGUUAGUGCGUUCAGUUGAUUCACAUUCUCUCAUCGAAAAACAAUUUGAAGCCUUAUCCCAAUUAAAGCCUCAACUGGAAACCCUCUCGUUGAUCUUAAAACCUCUCACUCCGCUAGCAUUCAAAUCAAAUCUCUCCGACACAAAUCAACUCAAAUAUCAAACAUUAUGCUCAUCAGCUGUCAAGAGUCUAUUCGAUAUUAAUAAUUUUACGCUACAUGUGAGUCCGAGUCUUCAAGCUGAAGGUCUUGGGGUUUUUGUAAACCAAGGGAGAGUGAAGGAAAGUCAGCUGGUCGCCUUAUACCCUGGUACUAUUUACUUACCAUUGCAACCAAUAUUACUUCAGUCGUUGCAUAACUCAUAUAUACUACGCUGUGUUGAUGGAAUACAUAUUGAUGGGAGACACACCCACUUAUCGAGAUUGAUAUACAGAUCCUGUGCUUUUAGAGAUGUUAACUCAAGCUCCCAGUUAACCAGUGACCUCUCCUGGCUAUCCCUUCAACCUCUUAAUCCACUGUCAAUCGGUCAACUGGUCAACAACCAAUCAAGAGAAAUACAACCCAACGUUGAGUACAUAGAGCUGGACGUACCAGGAAGCAUGGUUGAUGAGUAUGGAUACUUACUGCCUAACUGUUGUUAUGGGCCACGCCUGGAUGCCAAGGAUGCUUCAAGUAAGAUAUAAUAAUGUCACGAGGAUAUGUUCUUGUGUGUGUGUGUGUUGUAUGGCAUGAGGUUGUAGUAUGUUAAAAGGAAGGAAGAAAUUUGUAGGUGAGUUGUUGCGAUUUAGUGCUUCGUUGUAAAGUUUAAUUAGGUGCUAAUUUUGGGCAUAGUUUUGUUUUUAUUCAUAUUUUAUUGAUAUCGUUGAGUUGUUAUUGUACUAUUGUACGGAGAGAGGUAUUUUGUGCCAAAUUUAGUUGAGAGUGUGCGUGCGAGGGUGGUAGAGAGGAGCUAAUGUUUGACAUUUUUGUGUAAUAGUUUCUGUGAGAUGCUAAUAGCAAGUACAAAUGACACUGACGACACCAAUCCCUCCUCUCUCUCUGUCUCUCACCGUCCCUCCCUCUCUCUCUGU